AAAUAUCAGACUAUAUUCAAGUAAUUCUUCCAAACUCAAAAUGAUCAGCUCUGAUCAGAUAGCAGCGCUGGCGAUUUUUUCGAUCAGCUCCAUUGGUGUCUUGGCAAACUGGACGGUUGCAAUUUUGAUCAGAAGACUGCCUUCUUUGAAGAACUCAUUUGGAAUGCUGACUACAUCACAGUCUAUUGGGGAUGCAGUUAUUUCAACAAUUUUUGCAUUUUUAAUCGCUCCAAUGUGUUUUUUCAACUUGGAAUAUCUGAAAACGUAUUCCUCUGUCAUCGGCCAUGUGUUGAUAAUUGCGUACGAGAUUUCAACGUACUCUCAUUUGUGCAUUUCGUUGAAUCGAUUCUGUGCAAUAGUGGCUCCGAUCAAAUAUGAAAACAUUUUCAGCAUUCCCAACACCAAUAAGUUGAUAGCUUUCUUCUGGGCUAGCGCCACUCUUCCUUCAUUUUAUCUCUAUGUUUACAACGACUGCAAAUUCUACUUUGCUGACAUAUUCUGGGUAUUCACUUUCUCCGACAAUCCCGUGUGCAACACUAUUGCCUGGUAUGCAGGAUUUUUGAAGUAUAACUCGAUUGUUAUCAGCAUUGUGAUAAUUGAUGUGAUAACGGUGUCGAAAGUUAGAAGCUACAAAGCAAAGGUAUUCGGAAUAUCAACUCACUCCGCUUCCAAGAGCAGUUAUGAAAUGAACUUCCUGAAACAGGCCUGCCUUCAGGCUUUUGUGUUUGUUUGCGAACUAGUCACCUAUUUUUUAAUUACACCGAAAAUGGAUCCAAGUGAGAGAUGGGCUUGCUUUGUAUUGUCUACUGUUGCUUGGAUAUCCGUACAUACGUUGGAUGGAAUUAUCACUUUGAGUUUCAACAAGGAGUUCACCAAUACCAUUUUUGGAAAUGCAAAACCGACUGACCUCUCAACAGCCGCCGAGCCUGCCGAAAUUCCUUCGAACGUUGGAAGCACUUCUUUGAGAUUAUAA